CCCCGCGGCGCUCUGCCGGAGAACUCCGGCGUCUCAGCCUCGGGCUCCCCGGGGAAAGCUAAGUGCUCGCAGGUGCGGCCGGUGUCCCGGGGCGGUCCCGGAGCGCCCGCCGCCGGAUAGCACCUCUGGGAGCCUCCACCCCGAGCCUCUUCCAGAGCCUUCAGCCGGGGCGCGCGGGGAGAGUGGCGUCCACGGUGGGGAAAGGGGUGAUUAGGACACCGAUGAUGGACAGACCGACCUGGCGUGUGGGCUGCUGCUGUCUCCUCCUCCUGGCUCUCGUAGUAUUUACCCGAGGCGAAGACGUGCAGAGCUGCGAAGAAGUUCGGAAACUUUUCCAGUGGCGCCUGGUGGGAGCGGUCAAGGGGUUGCCGGAUUCGCCAAGGCCAGGGCCUGAUCUUCAGGUUUGCGUAUCCAAAAAACCUACAUGUUGCACCAGGAAGAUGGAGGAGAGAUAUCAAGUUGCAGCUCGCCAAGAUAUGCAGCAGGCGCUUCAAACAUCCAGCUCUACGCUGAAGUUUCUAAUAUCUCGAAAUGCAGCUGCUUUUCAAGAAACCCUUGAAACUCUCAUCAGACAAGCAGAAAAUUAUACCAGUAUACUUUUUUGCAACACCUACAGGAACAUGGCCUUAGAGGCUGCUGCUUCAGUUCAGGAGUUCUUCACUGAUGUAGGGCUCUAUUUAUUCGGUGCGGAUGUUAAUCCUGAAGAAUUUGUGAACCGAUUCUUUGACAGUCUUUUCCCUCUGGUCUACAGUCAUCUCAUUAACCCUGCUGUGACUGACGGUUCCCUGGAAUACUCAGAAUGCAUCCGGAUGGCUCGCCGGGACAUUAACCCGUUUGGUGACAUCCCCCAAAGAGUAAUGGGGCAGAUGGGGAGGUCGCUGCUGCCCAGCCGCACGUUUCUGCAGGCGCUGAAUCUGGGCAUUGAAGUCAUCAAUACCACGGACCAUCUGCCCUUCUCCAGGGAGUGUGGCCGAGCCCUGCUGAGGAUGCAGUACUGCUCGCACUGCCAGGGCCUGACUCUCAGGAAGCCCUGCAUGGGGUACUGCCUCAACGUCGUGAGAGGCUGCUUGGCACACGUGGCAGAGCUCAGUCCACACUGGCAUGCAUACAUCCGGUCAUUGGAAGAGCUGUCAGAUGCCAUGCACGGAACAUAUGACAUUGAACACGUGCUCCUGAACUUCCACUUGCUUGUUAAUGAUGCUGUGAUGCGGGCUCACCUGGACGGGCAAAAAUUAUCGGAACAGGUAAAUAAGAUUUGUGGUCAUCCGAUCAGAACACCCACAGAAAGCCCCCGUUGUUCUCUGGAUGGCAGUAGAGAGAAGCUGAGAAUGAAGAUCUCUACGAGAAAUGGUGAAGAGACUCUUGCCAGCAGAAGAAAAGAAUUUAUCAACAGCCUUCGGCUGCACAGGACAUUUUAUGGAGGCCUGGCCAAUCAGCUCUGUGUUAAUGACAUAGCCGCUGCUGAUGGACUGCCAUGCUGGAAUGGAGAAGAUAUAGUAAAAAGUUAUACUCAGCCUGUGGUUGGAAGCGGAAUCAAAGCCCAGUCUGGAAAUCCCGAAGUCAAAGUCAAAGGAAUUGAUCCUGUGAUAAAUCAGAUUAUUGAUAAACUGAAGCACGUUAUUCAGUUGCUACAGGGUAGGUCGCCCAAACCCGACAAGUGGGACCUUCCCAUGGGCAGUGGUGGUGGCGUCGACCAGGUCAGCGGGGACUGUGACGAUGAGGAUGGCUGUGGGGGAUCAGGAAGUGGAGAAGUCAAGAGGACACUCAAAAUCACAGACUGGAUGCCAGAUGAGAUGAACCUCAGUGAUGUAAAGCAAAUCCAUCAGACAGAUGGCGGUAACACCUUAGACACAACUGGAGCAGGAUGUACAGCAGCAACUGAGGCAAUGACAUUUCCUCUGAUGGGUGCGGUGAUGUUACUGCCUGGGCUUUGGUAACAGAACCCUUCUGCUCUGAUAUAUAUGUCUUAUUGAAGUCUGAUUUCUCCCCUCUUCAUCUGAUUGGAAUAAGAGAUCUUUUUUAAUAUAACAGCUAUAUUUAUAAAAAGGUAUGUAACACUAACCUCUUAGAAAACAAGUUGGAAGGUUCACAAAGUAUUUACAAAUCAUUGUUUAAAGGAUAGGCUAUUUGAAAACAUGUCUCCUUCGAAUCUAACUUAAAUCAUCUUAAAUUCUAAUGUAUUAAACCUGCAAAUACAGAAGUGACUUUAAUUAAGAAAGAUAUAGUAUAUCUGUAAUUUUAUUAUCCUAAAUUCCAAACCCCUUUCUUUCUAAAAGAAAAGUAUUUCGAAUUGAAGAUCUAUUUGCAGGACAAUGAAAACAGUACAGUGUGUUUCUUAAAAUACUAGGAUUAGGAUUUCAUUAAAGGAAUCAAAAUAAAUAAUGGCAAGUAGUAUGCAUGCAUUUUCAAGAAAUUCUUCCAUUUUUGUAAGCUAUAGAAAGAAACUACUGAACACCUAUACAUUAUAGAGUAGAUUGUUGAGGAACAUUUCACAUAAUUUCAUUGAAGAUUUCUAUCCACUGUAACUUAGCCACUGACUAACCUUGAAGCUGAGUAUUUCGGUAGCGUCUGAUCUGUAUUCCAUUAUAUUCAAAAUGCAAUAUUUGGUAUUGUGGCUCUGUUCCCACCUCUCUUUGACUAUUGGAUUUAGCUGUCUUACAAAGCACAUCCCUACUCUAGGAAUAUCUCUAAUAAAGCUGUUAAUUAUCUGGUGGAAAACUUUAAA